UGAAGAUGCCCCUCCAUGCCCCGUCCCUCUCCCGCGGCUUCCGUAGCGCUCAGUCCUGCAAUCGGAUCAGGCAGCGCGCGCACACGGAGGGGGCACGGAGGGGGGACACGACUCCACUUCUCUACGAGACACCAUCCUGAUCUUCACCUCCAUUUUUCUCCAACCGUUUGGAGGAAACCAAAUAAUACAACAAUUUUUUGAACCAUGAGCACUUACACUGUGACACUUCCCGGACCUGCGCCAUGGGGUUUCCGCUUGCAAGGAGGAAAGGACUUCAACAUGCCCCUCACCAUUUCCCGGAUCACUCCUGGGAGCAAAGCAGCUUCAGGUAACCUGACCCAGGGCGACAUCAUUGUAGCUAUCGAUGGUGUCAGCACUGAUGGCAUGACUCACCUGGAGGCUCAAAACAAGAUCAAGGGUGCCAGCUACAACCUGGCCCUCACCAUGCAGAGGUCAAAGCGCCCAGUCCCUGUGUCAAUGACUGCACCAAGAAUCGACACUUCAGUUCCUGUCAUCCCUCACCAGAAGGUUAUUACCAACAUGCCUAUCAACAACGAGUACGUGCCCCCUUUCAACCCCACUGCCCUGAAGGACACGGCUCUUUCCACCCACAAGCCCAUUGAAGUGAAGGGGCCAGGGGGCAAGGCCACCAUCAUCCACGCCCAGUACAACACUCCCAUUAGCAUGUACUCACAGGACGCCAUCAUGGAUGCAAUCGCUGGUCAGUCUCAGGCCAGAGGGGCUGAAAUGUCCGGCGAUGAGGCUGUCUCUGGCUCUCCCCUUUCUAGUCUGCCUGUUAAAGAGCGUGUUAUAGACAGUGCUUCCCCAGUGUAUCAGGCUGUGAAUGCAAGUGGAGAAGUGCUGGAGCCUGCUGAGUGGGCACGGAGAGCUGCCCACAUGCAGUCCAAGUCCUUCCGCCUCCUCGCCCACAUCACCGGCACUGAAUACUUGCAAGACCCAAACGAGGAAGCUCUUGCAAGAGCGAGUACGCCUGUCCAGCAUGCUGCGGUCUCCACCAGCACGGCCCAUGCCGCUCUGUCCGCUUCUGCAUCUGCAGCUUUGCCCAGUCAGCUCGCCGCUGAGCUGCAGAUAGCCAAUCAGGCGCCUGAGCAGACUGCUGAACCAGCUUCUGUAUGCUCAAGCCACGUCAGCUUUGUAUCAUCCCCUGAGCCACAGGCUGUAUCUCAAGCUGACCCUGUGGCUCAUGAGGCCCAUGAGGCCCCUGUUCUCCCCCCUGAGGGGCCACGCCACCUGUCGCUUGCUGCUUCAACCAUUUCAACUGCUUUGACCACUCAAUCUAGAAACCAUGUGUAUAAGAAAGGGCCGCCGCCCACCUCUGCGCUGGAGGCCCUGACAAUCACUCCACACUUCCGCAGCAGAGCUUUGCCCAAACGCAAGCAAUCAGGAAAAGCAAAGAAAGUGAGCUUCACCAUGCAGUCCUCAUCCAGUUACAGAUCACAAUACCAAACCCCCGGCAUCAGCGGCCAGUAUGCACAGCAGCCCCCUAUGCAUCAAGCUCCACACAUUCAACAGCCUGUUCACAUUCAAGCUCCACCCCCUCAACAUGCCCCGCCCAUGCAGCAGAGCUCCAUCCACAUCCCUGUAGGUCCACCUUCGACUAAAGUCAGCACCGCCACCAUUGUACCUACAGCUUAUCCCACUGCUCCCGCGUGUGAGUAUCAGGUGGAAAAGACACAGCGUGGUGUCCAUUUCAGAGAAGCCCCUGUUCACGUCCCUGCUCCUGCUCUGGCCCCUCCUCCUGCCCCAGUUCAUGCUCCUCCUCCUGCCCCAGUUUAUAUUCCUCCUCCUGCCCAACAUAAUUUUCCAGCUCCUGCCCCUCCUGCUCAUGCCCCCGGCCCUGCCCAAUCCUCCAACAGACCCCCAUGGGUCAUGGAUGACACUUUUGCCCAGAAGUUUGACCCUAGCAAGACCACCACCACCAGCAUCAAAGUGCAGCCUCUUCCCACUGCGGCCCCACCGCCUCCUGCCUUCAUCCCCAACCCUGCUUCUGCCCCUGCUGCCCCCAGCCCUGCCCCAGCACCUGUUAUGCCCACCCCUUUCCCACCUGUGGCUCGUGGGGUGGCACAAAGAGCGGAGCGCUUUGCUGCCAGCAACAGGACACCGAUGUGUGGGUUCUGCAACAACAUCAUCAGGGGGCCCUUCCUUGUGGCGCUGGGCCGCUCGUGGCACCCGGAGGAGUUUAACUGCCAUUACUGCCACACAUCUCUGGCUGACGUCAGCUUUGUGGAGGAGCAGAAUAAUGUUUACUGUGAGAACUGCUACAGAGAAUUCUUCGCCCCUACCUGUGCCCGCUGCAACACUAAGAUCAUGGGAGAAGUGAUGCAUGCUCUGCGGCAGACCUGGCACACUACCUGCUUCGUGUGUGCUGCGUGUGGGAAACCGUUUGGAAACAGCCUCUUUCAUAUGGAGGAUGGAGAACCUUACUGUGAGAAAGAUUAUAUUGCGCUCUUCAGCACUAAGUGUCAUGGCUGCGAUUUCCCAGUGGAGGCUGGGGAUAAGUUUAUUGAGGCUCUUGGCCACACAUGGCAUGACACCUGCUUUGUGUGUACGGUUUGCCAUAUAAAUCUGGAAGGCCAGCCGUUCUAUUCUAAGAAGGACAAACCUUUAUGCAAGAAACACGCUCAUGCCAUCAACGUGUAGAUUCAGCAGGAGUACAGCGAUCGCCGCCUUUGCCUUAGUGAAGGAUCCGAAAGCAAUUUGAAUACGGAUCCUACAAAUCAAACAAGCCCAACCUAUAUAUUAUAUAUUUAAUACUAAUACUAAUAUAAAGAUGAGUUGAUGCAAUGUUAUGUUUUCAUUGAAUACAGAAGUGCUGAAUUGAGUGUGUACACUGGGAAUAGAUAAAUAGAUCAUCUUAAUGCAGUUUGCUAAUGAAGUGAACAUACAGAGCUCUAAGUGUACAAUGUGUGGGGGGGGGGCUAUUUCAGUUGAACUUGAAUUGAUUUUCUGCUCCUGCAUGUUGCAUUCGCAACGUGCUCAUUUUAUUCGGGUUCUCUUUCUUUUUUUUUUUGAUUGAGCUUUUUAUUUAACUAGAAUUUGAUAUUUCACAUUUAUUGUGUUAGCAUUGUGGAUUGUGUCGAUUUUCCAUUGGUAAAUGAAUGCAACAACACACCUGUAGAGAGGUUAGUAUUUUUAUUUUAGUUAGCAACACUUGGUAUGAAGUAUAAUCAUGCGUUUUAACUUAAAUAAAGUUGUUGGGUGUGAAAUAUGUAUUUUAAGCAAUUUCUUUAUCCAGGUCUUGUCAUUAUUGAUGUCUUGAUCACAUCUGGUAACGCCUGAAUCGGGUGUAAUCAGCGUACCUGUGCCUUAAACCCCUAGAUGAUAAUUUAAUAUAAUUUUUCACUCAUUUUAUUUAAUGAGUUUUAUAUGAGAGCUAAGAGAUAAUAUUGUGGUGUCGUGAGGUCACGUGGCUGAGACCGUCGGCUGCUAUGUUGUUGUUUUAUUGCUGAAUUGAUUUGACACCUGAUUUAUUUCUGUGUAACAGGCAACACAUGGAUUGUAUGCUCUAGUUCCAGUUAAAAAAUUAUUGAACUGAAAGAGUUCUGCGUGUUCUUCUCGUGGUUAUGUGGGUUUCCUCUGGGGUCUCUGGUUUCCUCUGUUGCACUCUCUGGUGCUCUGUACGGUGUGUACGGUGCCCUGCAACGGACUGGAGGCUCAUUCAGGCUGUAUUCCUCCCUCACAUCUCACACCACGACAAAGUGCUUACUGAAGAUAAAUAAACAGGAAAAAAAAUGAAUAAAACGGUAACACAGAAUAGUGUUACACAGUUUCUGGAGUUUACUUGGUUGGGUUUCACUCCUGUUAUUUAUCCUGUGUGUAUUAUUUAGCUAUGAAUUUUACCAGAAAGUCUAUAAAUGAUACAAAUUUAGGUGAGCUUGUAAAAGAAAUUGUUGUGCAAUUUGAGUGUGUACUCAAAUGGUUUAAGGCAAGUGAUCGACUUAGCACAGUUCCCUCAUCGUAACUGGUGUGAAGUAAAGGACUGUGAAAUGUUAUGUAGCUAUAUAUGUAGAGAGCGUUUGAAACCGUGGGGAAAAUGACAGAAAUCAUCUAGCAGUAUAAUUAUAUUGUGUACAUUUCCUCUAUAUUUAUUUAUGGUAUUUUAUUGAACUAAUAAUUGUCACAUAUCUGGUUUAGCAUUGUGGAUUGUAACAGAUUGCUCAAUUUUCAAAAUCAUUGUUAUCCUAAAUGGUUUAAAAAUGGGAAUAGGUGUUUAUGUAUCUCGAUACUUAGUGAACUUGCGUAACAUAGAUCCAGUUUUCAAGUCAUUUGACUACUGCAGACAUUUUGUUUUGUGCCAACAUCAGGUGCUGAACACAGAUCAUUUUAAUAUAUGUCUGUGGAUUAAAUUAUAAUCAUUUUCCAAGCCUUUCAUUCCCUGUCUCAUUGCUACAGCCUGCAUUCCAGCACGCUGACAGUUUUUGAAACAGAAUAUAUCUGCAUAAGGCGGUGCUGUGUUGUAGCAGGUAGCAUUCCCCCCUUACAGCUUCAGGGUCCUGGGAUCGAUCCUGAGCUCAGGUUACGAUCUGCAUGGAAUUGCUCAUGCUUGGUUUUCUCUGGGUUCUCUUUUUCAACAUCAUGCAGAAUCAGCUAUUCUAAAUUGCCUCUCGGUGUGAGUGAGGGCGUGAAUGGUGCUUGGCAAUGGACUAGCUUCACAUCCACUGUGAAUUAUCCAGCCUCGUGCACCCAUUGUAACCUGGACAGACCCUGGAGCCACAACACAUCCUAAUCAAGAUGACGAUUAGUUAAUGAAGAUGAAUAAAUGAACGAUUACAUCAGUACAUGGUGCUGAUGGUUUUUAAUUAUAUUAAAUCUAACAGAAGUGUAGGAUGAACCAUGCCACACCGUCCUUUGUGUUUUUAAUAACACUAACGUUAUCUAAGCAGAGGAUUAUUUUUUUGUUAUUUUUGCACCAGUCAGGUUCACAUAAGUAACCUGUCCAGUUUUAUUUUUAUUCUAUAAUGAAUUCAGAUAAAUGAUAGGUUGUUUUAGAAUGUAUGGAAUCUCUUUGUAUGGUUAUGAGUUCCUGUAUUCAUUUUGUAGGCUGUAUGAUCAUUCUCAUGCCACAAUGCACAGAGCAAUCACUGUUCUGAUCAGUCAUAACUCUGUCCCAAACAGCACCACAGAGCAGGAAGAUUUCUGUUCAGUGUAACUGUUCGGUGCAGGUGCUAGCUUUACAGACCUCCUGUAUAUUAACAUGAUUAAUGAGCUCUAAUAACUGGAGGGGAAAAGGCACAGUAAGUUAUGUGUUAGCCUCCAUGAAUGUAUUGCCAUUAGCUCAUUUUUAAGGCCUUGGUUUACCAUGUGCUUGCCUAAUAUUAUUCGUGUUGUUUUGGCUGGCAGAAAUGUCCAAGGUGAUUAUGACUCCUUCCUGUGUGUAAUUAUUAUAAUAAACAUAUUAUUUUGCAAUA